GGAAAUGUUAACGCCUCGUUUUGAAAUUUGUUUGGUUUUGCAAGUUUUUCACUUCCGGUCGGUGCCUGUUGCUUAGUGCACAUAAACAAAAAGGAGUGCAUUUACAUGAGCAGAUGAAAGCAUCUUUGUUUAUAUAAUCCUUAUCGUUGAAGUAGAUGGAAUGGCAAGUAUAUAGACAGAACUCUUAAAUUAUGCCAACGGGCCAUGUACUGCCCGGAUAUGGGCAACCCGUAACUUACCUUAGAAGGGCCAAAUCGGCUUAUCCUUUGGACAAGACUAAGAUAAAGGAAUACGCAGUCCUAAAUGUUCCGGCACCGGAUAGAAAUGAACUUCUUCGCAUCAAAAACCAAGCAAAGAAUCAAUGGAUGGGGUUGGACAGAUCAGCAACAACCUAUGACUUCCAAUUCAAGCCCAAAUAUCUCGAUCAACCUACCCCGUCGAGACCCACUUCCCCUACGAGGAAAAAUAAACCCCAUCCACCUUUAGUCUUCCUUACAAAUCGUCUUCAUUAUAUACCUGGGUACCACAAUGCUGAUACAACUAUCAACAAACCUGUGUAUCAAGUUGAUGCAAGUGUACCCUUUGAGGAACAAGCACAACGGUGGGCCAUCAGGGACAAAUAUAUUGGCAAACCUAGCGCCAAAGCCAUCAACCAAUACACAGAUAAAUAUGGAUAUCGGGAAUAUUUUGACCCAGUAGAAGCCCAGGCCGCAGAGGCAUGGACCAAAAUAUCAGAUGAAAAAGAUUUGUACCAGUUGCCAAACGUUCUGGAGGAACAGAAAGGCAAACACAUUACAGAGCCAAACGUGGAGCAUGGAAUACCCUUGGAAGAACCACAAAGGCCCAAAACCGCGUUGGCUUCAACGUAUAGGUGGAUGAAAUACGCAGGUGCCGCAGAAAAUUUAGAAUUACAUCGAGCACUGGAGGCCAUACGAAAUAGGGAACAAUUGCCAAAUAUGAUGCGUUAUUCCAGAAGUGGAAUAGGAUCAACGGAAAUGAGGCGGCGGGAAGAUAUCGAGGCGAUGCAGAGGACUCGGUAUAUCAGCAAACCGUCACGUGGUGACUUCCUAAUGCAUCCUGAUUGGCCACCUAGUAUACCUCAUCACCGCGUGGACUAGUUAAAAGAUGGUACUAGUCAGUGCUAAAACACUGAAAAGCACCAAUUUAAACUGAAAAACACCAAUUUAAAACGUUAUUUGCUGCUUUUGCCACCUAUUGAAUUUAAUUUUAGGAUGGCAUUAGAAGAUAUCAACGCGAAUUUACACCCCUCUGAAAACUUGAUGAAACCUGCGAAGAAAUUCUCUUCAAACCCAAGAAGCUAUAUCUAUACUGAAUUCUACUGAAUUUGAAUUGCAAUUCCUUUGAAUUUUAUUCAGUACCAGAAUUGAAGUUAGUGAAUUGUUUUGUUGCACUGACGAUCAUAUUCGCAGGCUUGACUUCAUUAAUUUGCCAAAACGCACAUUUUAUUUGAUUUUUCCUUUUAAUUAACAUGUACAGGUUAAUGCCUAUAGUGUGAGCAUAUGGUUUUAGUUUGGUGAAAAUGCAAGGAAAAUAACAUAAAUGUGGGAUUUGUAUUGCUAGUAAGUAGUUAACUUUGGUUGCCUUUUUACAUAGAAGAAAUAGACAUUCGUGAAAUCUUAAAACUAGAUAGUACUGUUUGUUGUUGCUAGGUGUUGUGUAUUUGAUACCUGGAUUUUUUGUUACUAUUAACUUUAUUGACAAAGGUGCCUUAAAUGGCGAAGUAAUGCUAUAUAGAAAACAAUUGCCAAAAUAUAUGACCAUUAUUUUUAUAGUUGCCUAUUUGACAGUAUUUGAGUGGAAUUACGUUUUCUUCGAUAUCGGUUGUAAAAUGUCAAGGUUUGUUUGUGAUAUAGUAUUAAUAAUUUAACGUAUCAGAUGCUCUCAAUAUGUAAAACAGUAUUCUUGUUUUGCCUACAUGUUUUCAUGUGAAUAGAA